AUGCUUAAUAAACAACCACCGCCGCCACCACCACAAAUCGAGUUAUCCGUCGAUUCAACCAUCGUCCAAUCGGACACGAACCAUAACACCAUCUUAAUCAUAAUCAAAAGUCUAGUUUUUCCAGUGAUAUCACGUUGCCAUGCAGGUUACUUCCGAAUCACCCUCUCCCUUUGCUGUCAAACCCUUCUCUGGAAAACCCUCAAAGACCCGCCGGAAAACGCUCAUGCUUACCGGAGAAUGCUCGGCGUAUUACCCUCCACCGCCUUCCUCCUCCUCUGGUCACUGUCACUGCUCAUUUUAGCAACCCUCUCUAUCUUAUACAUCUUAAGAUGCGCAUUAUUUUCCGAUAUGGUGAAAAGCGAAUAUCUAAACCAUAUCGGAGUAAACUACCUGUUUGCACCGUCGAUUUCAUGGCUCCUUUUGCUUCAAUCGGCGCCAUUUUUCACUCCAAAAAACAUUUAUUAUCUUCUUCUUUGGUGGGUUUUUGUGGUUCCGAUAUUUGUUCUUGACGUGAAGAUAUAUGGGCAGUGGUUCACCAAGGGAAAGAGGAUUCUGUCGACGGUGGCGAAUCCGGCGAGCCAGCUAUCGGUGGUCGGAAACUUUGUGGGAGCUCGGGCUGCGGCGAUGAUGGGGUGGAAGGAGAGUGCGAUGGUGUUGUUUGCGUUAGGGAUGAUACAUUAUGUGGUGGUUUUCGUGACGCUUUAUCAGAGAUUAUCGGGAAAUAGUUGUCUUCCGACGAUGCUCCGGCCGGUGAUGUUCUUGUUUAUUGCAGCUCCGAGCAUGGCGAGCUUAGCUUGGGAUUCAAUUUCAGGGACGUUUGACUUCUCGUCAAAGAUGCUCUUUUAUCUCUCACUUUUUCUCUUCGUCUCCCUGGUAACAAGGCCAAACCUGUUCAAAAAAUCAAUGAAGAAAUUUAAUGUGGUAUGGUGGGCAUAUUCAUACCCAUUAACAGUACUGGCACUGGCUUCAACAGAAUAUGCACAAGAGAUGAAGAGUAGCAUUGCUCAUUUGCUUAUGCUGCUUCUUUCGGCACUUUCAGUCAUGGUUUCAAUUGUUUUAAUGGUUUACACAGCUCUCAAUACGAACACCCUUUUGCCUCCAGACGAAACCUAUAAUCCCACUAUUGUGACUCUCAGCCCCAUUACCAUUAGCAGUGUAAGUUUGGAUACAAGUUUGCAGUCAUCUACACCGUGA